AUGUCAUUCCAAUCACUCGAGGUGCUCGAGGUGCCUCCUUUGCCCUCGUUGGAGCUAGAACAAUCCAUUCUCGACCACGAUCAAUUGGUCUCUUCGACCUUCCUGUCAUCCGCAGGCAGCUCUCUGUCCAGCAGCUACCGUAUCGCACCACUUGCACAGCAUGUAGAGCCCGGAGUCGAUCCUGUGCUCGGUGCCUUCUCUAAAAGGGCUACCAGCUACGAGCUCGAUCCGCACCACACGGCCGGCUACGCAUCCCCAUUACACACAACUCAACGCGUCGUGGACCUUGAUGACGACCCCGACUCGUCUCCAGGUCCCUCACGACGUCCAGUACGUCGAAGCGACUCGUCUUCGAGCCUCAGCUCCCUGGAUACAAGCUACUGGGAUGAGGACUUCCGAGCCGUUGCUCGUCCCGCGUCGGUCAAGUUCAGGGGCUUGCCAGCCAACGCAAGGGUGCUGGAUCUGGCCGCGGCUGAGAUGUAUGGCCCUGGGCAACAGGACAUCUUGGAAGCAAUCCACGAGCGGGCGCUGCCCGACGCCGUCUGUGAUCCGAAAGAUCAGCAUCUUGCUCCUGUUCAUCCUAUCCAGCAUGUUCUCCGGUCACUCGUCACAACGGCCACAACCGGCACAUCGUCAGAUCACUUUCAAUGGGACGCAGACUCGGCCUCAUUCGUAUGGUCAGCCACUUUGCAACAUAAUCGAAACGUCCGUCAGCUGCGUAGACGUUUGAAAGAGCAAGCUGCCCUGCAUGCUUCAUUGGUCGCUGCGGGAGAGGAUACUAACGAGCAACAGCAUCUCCCGGCCGCAAUGACAAGCUCAUGGAUCGGAUCCGAACGCAUCCUAGGCUGGAGUCAGGCCGCCUCAGAUAGCGUCGUCCGCCCCUUUCUGGACAUUGGUGCGCUUCUUCGUCGCAUCGACGAUCGCAUCCUCGCAAUGCACCGUUCCGCAGCAGCUCUCUGCAACGAGGCGCCUGCGCUUGCAGCAGCGCUGGACACGGUCGUGACUUGGCUCAAAGAAGAGCUCGCAGAUCAGACAGCGGUCCUAUCCACAAAAGCGUCCUCGCCGGACGCCGCCUCUUCAGCCAUCUUGAAUGCACAUGCCGAGCUGGACACGUGUCUCGCCGUCCUCAAGAGUCUCGGCAAUCUUCUCUCGUGUGGUCAGCCUAGGCUUCCACCCUUCCGUCCGCUAGCAUGGCUCAAACACACGUAUGCCACUCUAUCGCAUCUGCACGCUCAUCUCUCGGCCUCGUUAGCAUCCGGUGCGGCCCCCCUCUCUUCCGCAGUGCUGGCCUAUCUGCUCGAUCGCACAAGCGUCACGUGGCGCCAGCAGGUCGCCCGUUGGGUCGGCUUUCCUGGGUUCGAGUCGGAUCGCACGGGCGAGCUGGACGACAGACCUCCGGCGCUCAAGUCGGAUUCCGGUUCUUCCUCGGCUCAGAUCUCGACGCCGUGGAGCGGCGCUGUGAUCGAUUGGUCGCUGGAUGAGCGAGGCGAAGAGGACGUCGGAUACACACUCAAGCCCUCAGCGGUGCCGAGCUUCCUUCCCUUCCGCCACGCAAGAACAUUUCUCGAAGCAGGUCGUGCGUUGAGGCUCCUCAAGAAGGCCGCUCCAGAAGAUCAUCCACUCGUUCAUCAAUGGUCGAUCAAAGCGUCUGAGAAGAUGUCGGCUGCGCGCAUCGAGCUGCCGACAUGGCAAUGGUCAACGCCCGAAAGUCAGGCCAAGCUGAACGCGGUGGAGGACCACAUUGUGCAGUUCAAGCGUCAAAUUGCUCGGUGGCGAAGACAAAGACGCAAGGCGGUCACUGGAGGCAUGGCCACUUCCGCGAGCAACACUUCAUCGCCACUCAGCUCAAGUGUGGUCCUGGCUCAGUCCUCAGACGAGCCCGCACAAGAGGCGCCGCCGUUGCAGGUCAGCGAAGCAGCAGCGGUCUCGUCACUUGAGGAUCAGUUUGCACGCAUGUCGCAACUCUUCGCUGCGCUUCCUGGCCUGACGGACCCGACUGCUGUCACGGUGGCCGUGCCCGAUCUUCACCAAGAUACACUGCAACAUGGCAAUGCAUUGCCGUCGUAUGACGAGCAGCAAUUGCUUUUGCUGUACCUCUCCUCGGCCGCUUGCCCCUCCCAGCCGGAGCACGCCAUCUCAAAAUCGUCUUUCGACCGGGUCACACAAGCUAGCCUGGUAGCGCCCUUCGAGAGCUGGGCACGGCUCAUCAACAUGUCCCUCAUCAGCGUCUUCUUCCAAGACCUCGGUCUUGGCACCUAUCUCGAGACGUGCAAGCAGUUUUUGUUGCUCGGAGGCAUCCAUUUCGAGCGACAGGUCGUAUCCAGCUUGUUUGAUGUGGACCAGGCCAGCGUCCUCGACGAUGCCUCGGCGACAUCCGGACGUGCCGUCGUGGCCAUGAAUCGACGCUUGACGGCGGAAGGCGUCUGGCCACCCAAUGAUAGUCUGCUUUCCUCUGCGCUCAACACAGCUGUCAUCGAGACUGUCUCUGGCAUGCGCCAAGCCCACGAAGACAGACUCCAUCGAAGCGGGAAGACAGAAGACGCAGUCUCACUCGCAUUCAAGGAUCUCGACGAGAGGUUGUCGUUCGCUGUCGUCGAGCCGCGCUCCGCAUCCUCUUCCAGCAAAGGCAAGAGCAAGAGCAAGCCUACCUGGACGGACCCAUCUUCGAUCGACGCGCUCGAUUGGCUCACGCUGUCCUUCCAUCCACCGCCGCUCAUCUCUCCGCUGCUGACGCAGGUAGCCCAGACCCGAUACCAGCGGCUGUGGAAUCUGCUGUUGCGCAUCAAGCGGUGCAAGGUGGCCAUGCGGGCGGCGUGGGCGUGCACGUUCAAGUCGACGAGCGCUGCCUUCACGUUCGACUUCAAGACGCGCUCGCUGAUGCAGCAGUUCCGGUGGGAGCUCAACCAUUUUUUGGACUCCUUUGGAUCGUUUGUGGAAGAGAUCGGGAUCGAGUCGCAUUGGUCUGGGUUUAUGCAGAGGCUGGAGCGGGUGAGGAGGGAGGUGAGCGACGAACUUGCUUCUCGUGCUUCUUCCGGUCGCACGGCCGUUGCAGACGCCGAAGGCGCAGCUGACGGUGACCUCGACGACGAGGCGCUGGAGGAGGAGGAGCGGGCAGCGCUCAUGACGUCCAGCCUGGAACUCAAGGACGUCUUUUCGCUGGCGCGAUACCACGAACGGAUCCUCGACCGGAUGCUCUCGACAUGCUUCCUCAAGUCCAAGCAGCGUGGAGUGCUGACGAUCGUCUCAGACCUUUUGCAGACAGUGCUCGACUUUUCGCAGCUCUGCAUCGACUUCCACACGCCUACCACCGCCACUGUCGAGCCGCCGACGUUUGACGAUUUUCAGAACCUUCAUCGCUAUUUCCGCUCUAGGAUGGAUACGUUCGUUCAAGCUCUCAUCAUACUGAAGGACCGCUCGCCAGUAGCUUCUCGUCCAGGGGCGGAAGCGGCACUGGGCGUCGAUAGGGACAGCGGCACCGACGAUCGUGACGGAAAGAGACGCAUGGACGUCGAAGCAGAGAAAGCCCGACUAGCGCAGGACGAGCUGGAAGACUUGAUGGCGCUGGAUGUCGACGCUGCAGGACGAAGCGUCGAAGGCACCGAGCAGGAAAGCAUCACGAGCGUCGAGAUGCUGUUGGGCAGGUUGAACGCCAGCGGCUUCUACGCUGAGCUGGAUUAG